CCGUGGGGAAGUCUCGAAGUCGGCCGAGUCAAGUGAUGGCACUGCUUGAUGUCCUCACCCGCGGACGCUACUACUACUAUCGAACAACCUCAUCUCCUCUCGCUCGUACUCCAGUCUCAGAGAGCUCUUCAGGACGGAGAGAAGAUAUGCUCGCGGGCCAACGACCUGUCUAACUCAGCCGCGCAAUCAGCUGUGGAUGUGCUCGUACUCGACGCGAAAGUGCGGUGGCUCACGGACGGCGUGCUUGAGCAGCUCAAGCUGACCAAGUACAUUGCGAAGACCAUCGAGGAUAAACGCACGCGCCUGGGUCGACGCGUCCAGGCACGUUCCCUCGCGGCUUCUCAAUCCAACGCAUUGGAUCUGACACGCUCUGCACAGGAGUGGGACUCGAGUCGAACGAUACGCUCAGAUGCUCUAGACGCUAUCCUGGAAUCUCUCGGCACGCAAGUGGUACCACCCGACUUCCACCAGCACUCAUCCGUGUCGUCCUUGUUUGGAAGCCAGCACUCAGACCACGAGGAACCAGAGCCUCGUGCAUCCCAGUCGCCGCGUCACAGUCUCUCCUCGACAAUACAGAACGCGAAGAAGCUGCCGCCGGACCGGUCGGCGUGGAAGACCUUGCGCGACUUCGUCGACGACAAGGCAAUUGACGACGUCCUGGAGAAGAUGGAGGAAGAGAGGAAUAUCUUAGAUGACAUACUAAUUAAGACGGAUGAAUUCCCGGAGACCCUGACUACAACUGCGCAGAACAUCACAGCCUCGCUGCCCGACAUGCCUGAUCUCCCACCCUUUAAUACCCUGAUAAUGAACCAGGACAACACAAUAACUGUCAUGGCGCGCCAUCUAGAGAGUCUCGCAGCGCACUACGAGCAGAUGGCAAUAGCCCUGAACGAUCAUGAAUCUGGGGAGCCAUUCGGCGAGGAAGAUCUGCAAGCCAUGAAUAGAGACACGGACGAGUUACCUUCCAUCAUCAAGGAGCUAGAGGAUUGUUUGACGGCUAUCAUCAACGCACAGUACGUGCUAGUGCCUGUCUUGCAUAACUACAACUCUCACAAGAACCCAAGUCAAGUGCUCUCCAACUCUCAGGAAGAGUCUCGGAGCAAUCUCAUCCAUCUCAACACCAUACUGGACAACCUCGACGAGCUGGGCGAGAUCAUGACUGACAUGCUGCAAACGCAAGAGUCUGUCGAGAUCGAAUGCGAGGAAAAGUUGGCUAUGUUGGACCAGCAUCUGCUCACCGUCGAGCAUCUGCACGACCGUUACAUCGCGUAUCAGACGACAUUCAAUAAGCUGCUGAUCGAAAUUGCACGACGAAGACAGUAUCGCGAGGCCGCAGAGAAGAUAGUUGCGGGGAUGAAUUCCCAAUUAGGGGCCAUGACAGAGGAGGAAUCUCAUGUCCGUGAACGCUUCAAUUCGGAACACGGCGCUCAUUUGCCAGAGGAUCUGUGUCUCUGCAUAGGUGAUCCUCCCACGCGGUGGGAAGUAGGUCCCUGGAAUGGUGAAGAGCCGGAAUCUCUACCGAGCAUCGAUUCGGACUUGCUGCUCCAGGCCAAGAACAGACUCGUCGCUGAAGAGAGUGCAGAUCCAUGACGACAGUUAUCUCAGCACAUCAUGAUGGAUAUGUUUUAUGAAG